AUGUCUGCCGCCCAUAUCAACGACGACACCAUGCCCUCCAUCGUCGCUCACGCCGGGACUGGCGUAAACACCCCUUCGUCCCCUGCCUCGUCUGCCGCAUCUUCCCUCAACCUCACUCCGCCCGAGUCGGUCGUAUUCGAUGACGACUCGUGCGUCAUCAUUGGCGGCGAGUAUUUCGACCUCGAUGCCUGCGGGGACGAGGCGAAGGACAACAUCAAGGACAAGCUCGCGGAGCAUCACGGCGAAGGGGAGGUAAAGGAGGAGAGGAAGAUCGUGCUUGUGAUCUGUGGGGGAGGGGCGAAGGCCGGGGGAUUGACGUUCAUGUUCCCCGCCGAGCAGAUCAAGGAGCACUGGGGCAAGCAGCGCUGGGUCAUGCCUAUCUCCAUCUCGCACGCCCACGCCAACGCCAAUGCGGGCCACCUGGUCUCCCUCCUCCUGGACGAUCAAGAGGAAGAGGUCGACUUCACCUCUUACUCGUUCAAAGAGCUCAACAGCGCCGCUUCCAUCGCCGGGGACCUCUGUCUUCGCCGUAUUCAAGCGGAGAUCAAGCCCCACAUGCUCGCCAAGCUCGCCCAAGCCGCCCCGGCCAUGUUUGUCGACGCGUCCAAGCAAGGGAAUGUCUGGAGAAUGGUAGACGCCAUCCGGUACCUCGGAUCCACCGACAAGUCCGCUGAGAUCCUCGCGCUUGUCGAAGUCGGGAACGCCUUCUUUGUCCGCAUGCUGGCGGCGGCGGUCGAAGUGACGGUCGGAGGUGGGGAUGGGGAGAGCGUGGACUGGGAGGCGGUCGCGGAUGCGUUUGAGGACGGGCUUGAGGCUCUUGGGGAGGAUGAUGACUAG